CUUUCCCCUUCUUUUCAGAAUGUUUCUUUCUACAAACACCUCUUACUUAUUGUCCGCACAAUCAGCAUCAGCCUCGCAAGUCCUCCUCAGAUUUUUGAUCGGCUUUCUUUACAAUACAAUCAACAAUGCGUUUCACAGUGAUCCUUGGAAUGAUGGCUGGGCUAGCCGCUGCGCUACCUAGAGAGUCGCCACUUGAACGUAGACAAUGUUCGGUACAACAUGAUACUUGCUGUAUUCAAACUGGAACUUGUCAGACUUGCUAUUAUGGGACCGAACCUUAUCAAUGCAAUUGUCAAUGUCUUCAGUAUGGGGAUUGCCCUUGCACUGAAUAUGAUAAUGAUACUCAGACAUGUCUGAGCUGGUAUGCUCCAGCCGGAGGAUGUUAAACCAUCACAAACCUCGGAAAGAGAAAGGUGUUAGUGUGCAAGCCAACGUCAUAGUGCUGUCUGGUCCUGGAGUUU